CGCGCGCGCGCGCGCCGCGGAGCUCUCGCGAGAGCCGCGUGCUGCAGACGGGAAGGACAAGAUGGCGGCGACAACGACGAUGGCGCUGGGUACGGAGUCCAUUAAGAUGGAAAAUGGGCAAAGCACGGCAGCAAAGCUGGGGCUGCCCCCUCUCACCCCAGAGCAGCAGGAAGCUCUCCAGAAAGCCAAGAAGUACGCGAUGGAGCAGAGCAUCAAGAGCGUGCUGGUGAAACAAACCAUCGCCCACCAGCAGCAGCAGCUCACCAACCUCCAGAUGGCAGCAGUGACAAUGGGCUUUGGAGAUCCUCUCUCACCUUUACAAUCGAUGGCGGCUCAGAGGCAGCGGGCACUCGCCAUCAUGUGCCGGGUCUACGUGGGCUCCAUCUACUACGAGCUGGGGGAGGACACCAUCCGCCAGGCCUUUGCCCCCUUCGGGCCCAUCAAGAGCAUCGACAUGUCCUGGGACUCCGUCACCAUGAAGCACAAGGGCUUUGCCUUUGUGGAAUACGAGGUUCCUGAGGCCGCCCAGCUGGCCCUGGAGCAGAUGAAUUCUGUCAUGCUGGGAGGAAGGAACAUCAAGGUGGGGAGGCCCAGCAACAUCGGGCAGGCUCAGCCCAUCAUUGACCAGCUGGCAGAGGAGGCCCGGGCCUUCAACCGCAUCUACGUGGCCUCUGUGCACCAGGACCUGUCCGACGACGACAUCAAGAGCGUGUUCGAAGCCUUUGGGAAGAUCAAAUCCUGCACCUUGGCCAGGGACCCCACGACAGGGAAGCACAAAGGCUACGGCUUCAUUGAGUAUGAGAAGGCCCAGUCCUCCCAGGAUGCCGUGUCCUCCAUGAACCUCUUUGACCUGGGGGGUCAGUACCUGCGGGUGGGCAAGGCCGUGACGCCCCCGAUGCCACUGCUGACCCCGGCCACACCUGGAGGGCUCCCACCUGCAGCUGCUGUCGCCGCCGCCGCCGCCACCGCCAAGAUCACGGCACAGGAAGCCGUGGCAGGAGCCGCAGUGCUGGGCACGCUGGCGACCCCGGGGCUUGUGUCCCCUGCCCUGACCCUGGCCCAGCCCCUGGGGGCUCUGCCCCAGGCCGUGAUGGCUGCACAGGCCCCUGGUGUCAUCACAGGUGUCACCCCUGCCCGGCCGCCCAUCCCGGUGACCAUCCCGCAGGUGGGGGUUGUGAAUCCCAUCCUGGCCAGUCCCCCGGCCCUGGGGCUGGUGGAGGUGAAGAAGGAGAAGGAGGAGGAGGAGGUGUUCCAGGAGUCGGAGCGGCCGGAGAUGCUGAGCGAGCAGGAGCACAUGAGCAUUUCCGGCAGCAGCGCCCGCCACAUGGUCAUGCAGAAGCUGCUCCGCAAGCAGGAGUCCACGGUGAUGGUGCUGCGGAACAUGGUGGAUCCCAAGGACAUCGACGAUGACCUGGAGGGAGAAGUGACAGAGGAGUGCGGCAAGUUCGGGGCUGUGAACAGGGUCAUCAUCUACCAGGAGAAGCAGGGCGAGGAGGAGGAUGCUGAGAUCAUCGUCAAGAUCUUUGUGGAGUUCUCCAUGGCCUCAGAGACUCACAAGGCCAUCCAGGCGCUCAACGGGCGCUGGUUCGCGGGCAGGAAGGUGGUGGCCGAGGUCUACGACCAGGAGAGGUUCGACAACAGCGACCUCUCAGCAUGAACUGCACCCCAUGGCUGGGCCUGGAGCUGGGAAUGGGCCCAGCUGUGCUCCCAGCGCUGGGCUGGGCUUGGAUCUGGGGCCUGACUCUGAUCCCAGAGCUUGGAUCUGGGGAAUGGGCCCAGCUCUGACCCCAGGGCUUGGCUGAGCUUAGCCUCUGGGAAUUGGUCUAUCUCUGAUCCCAGGGCCUGGUUGAACUCAGAUCCAGGGAAUCAGCCCAGCUCUGGUCCCAGGGCUUGUCCAAGCUCAGCUCCAGGGAAAUGGUCCAACUGAUCCAUCCCAGGGCUUGGCCAAGCUUGGAUCCAGGGAAAUGGUCCAGCUCUGAUCCCAGGGCUUGGCCAAGCUCGGAUCCAGGGAAAUGGUCCAGCUCUGAUCCCAGGGCUUGUCCAAGCUCAGAUCUGGGGAAUCAGCCCAGCUCUGUUCCAAGGAAUUGGCCAAGCUCUACCCUGGGGACCGGCCCUGCCCCCCUCUGCCUCCCAGGAUUUUUGUAGCCGUGUGUAAAGGACAUUCCAGGACAUUCCAGGGUGGGCACAGGGAACUGGUGUCUGAGAUAAAAGCGCAGAGAAAGCCGG